AUGGCAAAUGCAAUUGAUACUAUAACUGUUAAUCAAACCAUUAGAGACGAUGAUAACAGCACCAUCAUGUCGGCUAAAGAAACUUUUCAAAUGGGAUUCUUUACCCCUGGUAAUUUAAAGAGUCGGUUCUUGGGCAUAUGGUACAAAAAUAUAGCCAAUCUGACUGUUGUCUGGGUUGCUAAUAGAGACACGCCACUUGCUGAUACAUCAGGCGUGCUCAUGUUUGACGCUAAUGGAAAUUUGGUACUCACUAAUGGUGACAAUAAAAUAAUUUGGUCAUCCAACUCAUCAAAUACUGUGAUGAGUCCUGUGGCGCAACUGUUAGAUACAGGAAAUCUUGUGAUCAGAUAUGCAAAUGACAGUUAUCCUGAAGAUUUCGUCUGGCAGAGUUUUGAUCACCUUGGCGAUACUAUUCUACCAGGCAUGAAGUUUGGCUGGGACUUGGUGAAACACUUAGAAAGGUAUCUCAUAUCCUGGAAGAGCCCGGAUGAUCCAUCUCCAGGCAAUUACACAUAUGGAGUCUAUCUAAAAGGAUAUCCACAGCGAGUUGUAUGGAAAGGUUCAGCUAUGAGAUUCAGGUUUGGACCAUGA